GAGCGAAGGCAACUAUCAUCACCAUCACAAACACAAGUUCCAAGACAUUACAUUCCGCUGAUACUAUGAGGAGAAAGCGAAGACUCGAAAUCAUCACCAUUGCCCGGCGCGAUGGCGAUUCAAGUUCUUUGCGUGGCUGAAAAGCCUUCAAUCGCCAAAGCUGUUGCCAAUCAUCUCGGUGGUGGUCAAGUGCAAUGUCGCUCCAUCCAGGGGAAUCAAUUCAUCAAGAACUACAUCUUCGAUUACAACUUCCCGGGAUGGGGACAAUGCAGCGUCACCAUGACCUCUGUGGCCGGCCAUUUGAUGUCUCACGAUUUCCCACGCGAAUAUAAAGGCUGGCAGUCGUGUGACCCUUCUGCGCUGUUCGAAUGCCGGAUAGAGUCGUACAUCGACAACGAGAGGAAGGCUAUUGCAGCCAACAUCGAGAAUCAAGCUCAGUAUGCCAGAUAUCUCUACAUCUGGACGGAUUGCGAUCGUGAAGGUGAGGCCAUCGGCAGCGAGAUUCGAGAUGUUGCUUGCAAGAAGAACGCAUACCUCAGGAAUCCUGGAAAGACUGUAAGGGCUCGCUUUUCCAAUAUUGAACGAGCUCACAUCAUUGCUGCCGCACGAGCGCCGAUCCCCCUGGAUGAAGCACAGGCUGCCGCUGUCGCCUCCCGGAUCGAACUCGAUCUGCGGGUUGGAGUUGCUUUCACCCGAAAUCUGAGCCUGACUCUUCAGGCCAUGAUCCCGGGCAGGGAGGGGUCGGUCAUCAGCUAUGGGAGUUGUCAGUUUCCAACGUUGGGCUUCGUCGUGGAAAGGUACUUUCGAGUCAAGAACUUCCUACCGGAGACCUUCUGGGGCAUCAAGGUGAUGCAUGAGAAGGAUCGCGUCAAGGUCAACUUUCAUUGGUCUCGUGGCCAUCUCUUCGACCGCAUGGUUGUUACCAUCCUCUUCGAGCGAUGUCUGACCGCUCGAACGGCGAGAGUGACGAAAGUCACCAAGAAGCCGACAAGCAAAUGGAAACCCCUUCCCCUCACAACAGUCGAGCUGCAGAAGUGCGGGAGUCGCUUUCUCCGCAUGAACAGUCAACGUGUCAUGCAAAUCGCCGAGAAACUUUACCAAGAUGGGUUCAUCAGCUACCCGCGUACAGAGACCGAUCAAUUCGAUCGCAAUACAGACCUCAAUACAAUCAUCGACAAACAAAUCCAGAGCCCUGAUUGGGGCAACUUCGCCCAGGGUCUGCGCAACGGAGGGUUUUCCUGGCCGCGCAUGGGUCGCAACAAUGACAAAGCCCAUCCUCCCAUUCACCCAGUCAACUUCGUCGCCAAUAACGCUCUCGAUCACGAACAUCGACGAGUCUACGAGUUCAUCGUCCGCCGCUUCCUUGCAUGUUGCUCCAAAGACGCUCAAGGAACGAAAACAGACAUCGGCAUCCUAUACGGCGCGGAAACGUUCAACGCCUCCGGGCUGAUGGUCCUCGAGCGCAACUACCUCGAUGUAUACCCAUACGACAAGUGGACAAGCAGUCAAGAACUUCCCAUCUUCGCCGUUGGUGAGACAUUCGUGCCCACUGAAGCUCGGAUGCACGAAGGCGAGACUACGCCACCGGGAUACCUGACCGAGCCGGAACUGAUUGGCCUCAUGGAUGCGAACGGCAUCGGAACGGAUGCUACGAUGGCGGAGCACAUUGCCAAGAUCAAAGAGAGGGAGUAUGUCAUGGCGCGACCACGCGGGAGAGUCCAGCCGCAGGCAGGCAAUGGUGGCGUGCAGGAGUUCAUUCCGACAACGCUGGGCGUGGCGUUGAUUGAAGGGUACGAGAGCAUGGGCUUCGAGAUCAGUCUUGCGAAGCCGUUCUUGCGAAAGGAGAUGGAGCUGAAGAUGAAGGCUAUCUGCGAAGGUCGAAAGACGAGGCGUCAAGUUGUGGAGGAGACGAUUGAGCAGUAUCGAGAUGUGUACAUGCGGACGCAACGGCAAUUGGGCUUGCUUCGUGCGGUAAGUCUGCCUCGGUCUCUGGCGAUGUUAUGUGAGACGGUGUGGCAGUGA